UGAGAAAGUUGUUACUGGCUGCGUACUGUUUAUUACCAAUUUUAUAACUUAAGAAAAGAGAAGCAAGGACGUGGAGAAACGUGCAUGUCGAAACAAAACUAGAGCUCAAACUCAUUUACUAGUAUUUUUUCUAACAAAGCGCAAGGUUGUGAAGGGAAAGGAAACAGUAUAAUUGAAUUAAUAUGGAAUUCCGCCACCGACCUUUACAUUACCCUGGGACUUGUAGUGUAAAAGAACAAGUAGAUGGUGUAGAGCACAAGAUAUUAUAUUUGGGAAAUAGAAUUCGUGGGCUAGAAGAUGCACUCGAGGGUCCUGACAUAGAUCCUACGUUACGUGAUGUAAUCGAAGAAGAGAUUUUGGCACUAAAAGCAGAAAUUAUUAAACACAAGGAAAACGUUAAAGCAAUGCAUAAAGAUAAAUCGCACCAAAUGGCUGUAAUCACGAUCUUAAUAUUCAUUAUUUUAUGCGUAUUUACUAUGUACAGGAUAUUUUACGCAUGGUAUUAGACUUUCGUUAUUAAAAAUUCCAAUUUCAAUCCUCU